CCUUCGUACACGAGAGCCAGCCAGCAGCCCGCCAGGGCUCACCAGAAUCGAGAUCUAGGCAACUCGACGCUGUCGACGCGCCCCAAACCAGCGGAGAGCCAAGGAAGCUUCGAGUAGCAUUACAAAAAAGAUGACGACGCAGCGCACACCCAAUCCACGUAGAAUGUCCGGCGGCCUCCACAAGUCUCCGGCCGGCCCCUCACCCUUCAAGAAGAAGGUCGACGUCCUCAAAGAAGCCGCCGACCGCACGCCGGGCAUGGCCGGCACGCUCAUAAAGACGUUCGCACCCGUAAUAGCAGGCGUAGUGGUGAUCUCGGAAUUCGCAGCCCCGUACCUCAUCAUGCUCUACUACUUUGGAGUGGCGUGCUGGCAGUGGGCCGACAAGCACGGCGGCCAGCCCAUCAAGAUAUGUGUGGGGCUGUUCAUGUGCUUCUGUGGGGGUGCGUUUCCGGCCGUCAUCACCGCCGUCGAGGCGUACAGACAGAUCGGCUUCGAGCCGACGAAGCGAGCCCUGAAAGUGCUCUUCGACGACUUCAAGAAGGUGCAAGAGGCGCACAAAAAAGACGACCAGGACGAUUCCAAUAGGGACGGCAAGGCCGACGUCGACUCACUGACAGCUGGAGAACUCGUGGAGCGCAAAGUUUUGCUGUUCCUACGUACGAGCGACCCCGAGCAGACAUCGAGAGCCAUGUCCGCGAUCACGUCGGGCUUUCUCGCGGUGUUAGCCUCCCUCAAGAUCAAGUUCGCCCAGGCUAUUGUGGUCGGUGGGGCCAUCGGCGACGUGCUGAGACCUCCAGUAAGAAGAGCCAUGGAACCAUUCCUCAAAAAAGCUCUCACGGAGGACUACCACAAGUGGAUCCGGCCGGGCCUGAACUACGCGUGCAAGCUCGUGGCCGUUUCUAUCGCGUGGACGCUGCAGCGCAUCAUCAGCGCCUUCCACUCGGCCGUGAGAGGCGGCCAGAUCGCGGGCGACGCGCUGGUCGUGAUGCUGAAGAACGCCGGUAUUCUCAAGCACGGGCCCCACGACUCCUUCGCGGACGAGGUCGUCGGCUACUUGCUCGCCUUCUUUGGUUUGGCGACGCAGAUCAAGCACGGGUUCAACCUUCCGUUUCCCGCGAAUCUCCUUCUCGUGCCUGUCUCCUUCGUCGAGGUCGGGCUGCGGUGGUGCGUGCACGCGGACCUCUAAGGACCCUUCUUUGUUCAUCUGACUCUCGUCGCGGCGACGGCGUGGGGGGUCUCUACCACCCGCUGUUCACGUGACUUGGCCCGUCGCGGCGAGGCAUGGCGAGGACCCC